UCCUUAACUUGUACUAUCUCACUCUUUCACCUAUUCACGUCUUCUUCUUCUUCUUCUUUAUCAAUUUAUCAUUAUCCCUGAGCAGAAGCGCUAGUACUCUCUGAUUCUGAACACGCAUUUAUUAACAAAAAGACAAGCACCCGAAAACCCAGAUGGGAAAAACCAUUUCUUUCAAGGACGAGUUCACUUUCGAACAAAGGUACGAGGAAUCACGUGACAUCAUUGCCAAGUACCCAAACCGAGUCCCUUUAAUUGUGGAAAGGUAUUCAAAAAGCAGACUUCCUGAGAUGGAAAAGAAAAAAUUCCUGGUUCCCCGAGACAUGUCCGUGGGGCAAUUCAUUCACAUUCUGAGUGACAGACUUCAUCUAGCCCCUGGAAAAGCUCUCUUUGUGUUUGUGAAGAAUACCUUACCUCAAACUGCAACUUUGAUGGACUCUGUUUAUGAAUCCUUCAAGGAUGAGGAUGGAUUUCUAUACAUGUGUUACAGCACUGAGAAUACCUUCGGCUAUGCUACAAUUUAGAUUUGGGAACACUGAACUCUAUACAUUGUUGUAAUUAAACAGUCGCCGCCCCUCAAUGAAGAUUAUUCUUUAAACUGUACCUGAUAUAAGAUUAUUCUUUAAAGCAGCAUCUGAUGUAUCAUGUUAUGUA